AUGGUCGCGGCAUGCGUGCUCAGCGCUGCUCUCGAAGAACCGCUCAUGCCGUGGUGGAGCGAGUGGCCGCGAAGCAUCCCGGUGCCGGCUAGUGUCGACCCGCUCGACGGCUUCCUCUCCCCCAACGACAGCACCGACGUCACUGUACCACCGACCGACACGCACAGCACUCAUGACGUCCGAUCUGUCGAAACUCCACUCGAAUCCAUCGACCCUUCUACUCCACCUGCUGCUCCUCAGGCCUCUCCGCAGACACCAGCAACCAGCCGUCGAUCCACCGAUGAACGACCCGCAGCACCAGGGUCGAGUGGCGACAAGUGUGGUGAGCCCCGUGCUCCACCCAGACCAGCCAACUUCCUCCCACCCUUCUUCGACUCGGAGCUCAGAGUCGUGCGCCGCCCACGGCGUGCAAUCGAUUUGACGGGCCCUCACCCACGUCAACCGCCACCUUCCUCCGGUGCAACUCCGCCUCCGGACAGGCGCAAGCGUCGCUAUGCCUCCGGUAAGCUCUCUCCUGCUCCUCCUCCAGCUGACCAACAGAGGGAGGACCAAGGCCUGCGCCAUACCCUCCCAUCGCCGCCGGCGGACAACGCAUCACUCGCGCACGAACGCUGCCCCUCCUCCCCGCGUUCGACUCUAGACCUUCCACUCGUGGCCGGAUGUCCCUCGGACUUUCAGACCUUCACGCGACCUUCUCCUACACAAGCGGGGAGUGCCGCACCUGUCGUUUCUCGGCUGUCGUCUCUGCCCGCACUGCUUGCGAGGCCGCCGGCGCCGUUUCAAGAGCUCCACUCGUUUCAAACAGCACAUACAUCUCACAAUCCUCAAACCUCACUUGCACCUCUGACCCCUCUCACAUCGCAAGCACCUCAAGCACCUCCACCCCCGGAUGCUCCAGAGGACUUAUGGAAUGGAUGGAACGCCUACGUCUGGCAAAACUCUCCGCUAAAGCAGUCCUACUCCGCCCCGUGCACGAGUACCUCCUCCCCUGUCCCCGACGUCUCCGACAAUCAGCGGCGGUCCUCGGCUUCCCUGCCCCAGUUGACCAGCGACACGGCUACCGCUGAAGCAGAUGCCUUCCUCGCUGCCUUCACUGGCGGCGGUAUCCGCAACGAGGAAGGCAGAGGCACGGAGACAAGUAUAUCCGCGGAGAAUCUAGAGUUGGGCACGUGGUCGCGGCACCUGACCGGCUGA